CACGAAUCAUCUCAUCGUCGCUGUAGCGUAGCCACCAGUAGUGUACGAACUCGUUCUCGUUCUGUGAAAAGCAUUCGACGAUCCAGGAAAGGAAGAACACAACACGACGGCCGAAACGAAAAAAAAAAAGUUUCAUCCCUCGUCCUUUUUGUUCUGUCGGGAAACACCACAACUGUUCCGCGGCAGCAAACCCCCGAUCCAUCAAACCCAUUUCGCCGCCAUGGAGGACCUGAACAUCGUGUCCAUCGCGCCAGCGGCGUCGGCGAUCCCGCAGCUGGGCGCCAAGAAGAAGAAGAAAAACAACAAGUACGAGCGUCGACGACAAAAGGCAAAGAGGGCAAAGCAGGAAGCAGCACGGAAGGGAACGGAUGCCGGCGGCAGCGACGGCGGUGGCGAUGGCGGCAAGGAAACCACCCGCGUGGCCCUGGRCGCGGUGUCUCCCCCGACCACCGCCACUCCGGUGGRCCAGAACGACGAACGCGCCGGAAAGCCGACAACACCCGAAACCAAGCGGAACCKCGUGGGCGAGAAACCAUCCGACACGGAACCGAAAACGGAUUCCGUCCCGGUCUCAAAGAAGGCAAGGGCGAAACGAAAGGGCGGUUCGGUUCCAGAAAUCGGGGAAUCGAAUCCCCCGUCGCGGGCCACCGAAACGAGCACCGCUUCCGAAGCCCCGUCUGGGGUAACAGUGCCAUCGGAUCCCAGCGACACCGGUGCCGGCGCUGCCAAUGCUGCUGCUGCAGCUGCUGCUCCGGGCGGCACCGGCAAGCUGGACGACGACGAGGAACGGGCCAAAUACAUGGCGGAGUUCCACGCCCGGCCCAUGGAACUCGACCGGAGAUCGGGAGCCCGAUCCGCCACCAUUGUCUCCAGGGAAUCCUCCCACCUCUUUGGCACGGACGCCGAGGACAACAGCUGGGAAUCCCUCAACAUUUAUUCCAGGCUGCUCAAGACCCUGCGGUCGGACGCCUUUGGCAACCUCGAAAAGCCCACCACGAUCCAGCUGAGGACCAUCCGGGCCUUCCAGGAAUCCAUGAGGGCCACCGGAAGCGGGAGCAAACACGGCAAGAAAAACGUCCUCGUGCACUCGGAGACCGGAAGCGGAAAGACCCUCGCCUACCUCCUCCCGAUCGUUCAGUCCCUGGCCUUUGGCAACAAGUUCGGCGUCCUCAACGGGGACGAAAAGCCCCACAAGGUCGGCCGCUCCGAGAUGGGCUGCCGGUGCAUCAUCCUCUGCCCCACGCGGGAACUCGCCACCCAGACSCUCGGGGUCCUCGAGCGCGUCUGCCAGUCGAACUUUGCGGGCUGGAUCGUUCCCGGCGGGCUCCUGGGAGGCGAUUCCCGCAAGUCCGAAAAGGCGAGCCUGCGCAAGGGGCUGGCCAUCGUGGUCGCCACCCCCGGGCGGCUCCUCGACCACCUGCACAAGACGCAGAGCCUGGCGCUGAGCCUCAAGGGAAAGCUCCGGUGGCUSGUCCUCGACGAGGCCGACCGCCUMCUGGACAUGGGCCUGGGGGACCAGGUGCGCCAGAUCGUGCAGUGGAUCUGGGCCAACGAGGCCUGCGCCUCGCACCAGCAGCCCUGGUGGAGGUCGGUCCUGGUCUCGGCGACGGUCACCCCCUCGGUCCAGGCCCUGGCGAAGGAGCGGAUCCUCUGCGGGGACCAGGAGUGGAUCUGGGUCAAGGGCGAGAAGAAACCGGCCGCGACACAGAGCGGYGGAAGGCCGCUCGCGGGCGGCGCCGCCAAGACCGGCGCGGAGGACUUUGCGGAUUCCACGCCGCGCCAGCUGGCCCAGUUCCACCUGACCACCACCGCCAAGCUGAGGCUGCCGGCGCUGGUGGCCUUUCUGGUCCAGCGGAUUUCCAAGGGAGAACGAACGGUGGUCUUUAUGGGAACCUGCGCCUCGGUAGACUUUCACUACGAGCUCUUCAACGCCCUGGAAGACUCGCUGUGGGACGGCGACGAAAGCGCGGAGGGGGGCGAGGAACGCUCGGAGGAACCCCGGCCCGGCCUCUUUGGCAAGAAGGCCCGGGUCUUCAAGCUGCACGGAAGCGUCUCGCACUCGAAGCGGAGCCAGACCAUGAAGGAAUUCAACGGAAAGACGUCCGCCCUCGCGAGGGCCGACGUCCUGCUGACCACCGACGUCGCGGCCCGCGGGCUGAACCUGAGGGGCGUCGACUGGACGGUCCAGUACGACCCGCCCUGCGAGAUCUCGGACUACGUCCACCGGGUGGGCCGGGCGGCCCGGGGCGGGAAGGCCGGCCACUCGCUGCUCUUUUUGCUGCCCUCCGAGCGCAAGUACCUCGAGGUCCUGKCCACCAAGGGGAUCGCCAAGAUGACCCCGGUGUCCCUCUCGGGCAUCCUGAACCAGGCCGCCGGCUCCUGCAAGGAACUGACGAGGGAGGGGUCGAGGCAGCAGGGCGAGGGCGGCAGGCCGCAGCAGGGCAGGGGCGGCCGCUCGGGGGAGCAYUUUGCCGCGGAGGUCCAGCGGAGGCUGGAGGACUGCGUGACCAGGGACGACGCCGAGACCCGCAGGGCCUACAAGGCGUCGACCUCGAAGCGGAAGCAGAAGGAGCGCAAGCGGAAACUCGUCAACAGCAGCAAGGACGGGCGCAAGGAGGGCCUGCUGCUGGAAAUGGCGCGGAGCGCCUUUGUGAGCUUCCUCCGGGCGUACUCCACCAAGAAGGAGCCCAUCGUCCGGUCGAUAUUUUCGUCGAGGGCGCUCCACUUUGGCCACAUCGCCAAGUCGUUUGCCCUCAAGGAACCCCCCAAGGCCCUGGUGUCCAAGCAAAAGAGCAAGAGAGAACAGCUCGAGGGACAGCUGAAGGACGAGAAGGCCAACCUGCCCCGGUCCCUGGAGUUUGGCAAAUCCACCGUGGACCUCGACGAACURAUCGGCGGGGGCGGCGGAAGCACCAACGGCCAAAYGGAUGCGUACUUCGGCGAGGACGRCGAGGACGAAUACCGGUCCAAGAAACGAAGAAAGCAGCAGCCAAACGGAAAAUCGAURAAUGCCAAGGCCUUGUUGUUGGAAAACGCGGCGAAGAUGCAAAACAAUCUCAUGGAUAUGAUGUAAGGAUCUAUCGGAUUUUAUUAACUGCUGUUGUCAUGCUCCUCKUAGUAUAUAUGUAUUUCUAUAGUG